CGACUGGCGCCAUGCGGGUCUCGGCGGCGACAGUGCUGCUGCUGGCGGCGGCGCUGCUCGUCACAGGCUCCGAGUACACGGGGUCAGCCCGGGCAGACAGCGCGCGCUCAGAAACAGAAGAAAGGCAAAGAAACAUCAUUGAAAUUGAUGAAGAUAGAAGAAAACUGGGAAAAUUCGAUGAUUUCAAACAAAAAGCAAUGCAUAUUAUUCAAAACAACACCGAAACUAAAAAAAAUCAAAAAGGCACAACUGAAACAUAUUUUUUUAAAAACAAUUACAUUAAAAAAUAUUUAUACAGAAUGCCAACGGAAAAUCUGAACAUUGACCCGCAACAUCCACUCUCAUCUUCGAUUUAUACUAGCAUUAGUGUAAGUACCCAACAUUUAACAACCCAUGCUUCUACAUCUCCAACAUCUAUACUCACCACUGUAUUACAUCCAACAUAUUCAACAGCUAAUUCAACACAUACUACUACACAUCACUCCUCUACCGAACCUGCAGCAUCUUCCGGUCAGUCUACUUCUACUAGCAGUAGUGUUAGUACCAAACAUUCUACAUCAAGUGGAUCAACAUCUCCAUCUUCUACUCUUACCACUAAAUUACAUAUAACUAAUUCAACAGCUAUUUCAACACAUUCUACUACACAUCACUCCUCUACCGAACCUGCAGCAUCUUCCGGUCAGUCUACUUCUACUAGCAGUAGUGUUAGUACCAAACAUUCUACUUCAAGUGAAUCUACAUCUCCAUCUUUUACUCUUACAACUAAAUUACAUCCAACUAAUUCAACAGCUAUUUCAACACAUUCUACUACACAUCACUCCUCUACCGAACCUGCAACAUCAAUCAGUCAUACUAUUUCUACCAGCAGUAGUGAAAGUACCAAACAUUCUACAUCAAUAGCAUUUCCAUCUCCAUCUUCCACUCUUACCACUAAAUUAAAUCCAACUAAUUCAACAGCUAUUUCUUCACAUUCUACUACACAUCACUCCUCUACCGAACCUGCAACAUCAAUCAGUCAUACUUCUUCUACCAGCAGUAGUGAAAGUACCAAACAUUCAACAUCAAUAGCAUCUCCAUCUCCAUCUUCCACUCUUACCACUAAAUUACAUCCAACUAAUUCAACAGCUAUUUCAUCACAUUCUACUACACAUGACUCCUCUACCGAACCUGCAACAUCAAUCAGUCAUACUUCUUCUACCAGCAGUAGUGAAAGUACCAAACAUUCUACAUCAAUAGCAUCUCCAUCUCCAUCUUCCACUCUUACCACUAAAUUAAAUCCAACUAAUUCAACAGCUAUUUCUUCACAUUCUACUACACAUCACUCCUUUACCGAACCUGCAACAUCAAUCAGUCAUACUUCAUCUACCAGCAGUAGUGAAAGUACCAAACAUUCAACAUCAAUAGCAUCUCCAUCUCCAUCUUCCACUCUUACCACUAAAUUACAUCAAACUAAUUCAACAGCUAUUUCGUCACAUUCUACUACACAUGACUCAUCUACCGAACCUGCAACAUCAAUCAGUCAUACUAAUUCUACCAGCAGUAGUGAAAGUACCAAACAUUCUACAUCAAUGGCAUCUCCAUCUCCAUCUUCCACUCUUACCACUAAAUUACAUCCAACUAAUUCAACAGCUAUUUCAUCACAUUAUACUACACAUCACUCCUCUACCAAACCUGCAACAUCAAUCAGUCAUACUUCUUCUACCAGCAGUAGUGAAAGUACCAAACAUUCUACAUCAAUAGCAUCUCCAUCUCCAUCUUCCACUCUUACCACUAAAUUAAAUCCAACUAAUUCAACAGCUAUUUCUUCACAUUCUACUACACAUCACUCCUUUACCGAACCUGCAACAUCAAUCAGUCAUACUUCAUCUACCAGCAGUAGUGAAACUAUUUCAUCACAUUAUACUACACAUGACUCCUCUACCGAACCUGCAACAUCAAUCAGUCAUACUUCUUCUACCAGCAGUAGUGAAAGUACCAAACAUUCUACAUCAAUAGCAUCUCCAUCUCCAUCUUCCACUCUUACCACUAAAUUAAAUCCAACUAAUUCAACAGCUAUUUCUUCACAUUCUACUACACAUCACUCCUUUACCGAACCUGUAACAUCAAUCAGUCAUACUUCAUCUACCAGCAGUAGUGAAAGUACCAAACAUUCAACAUCAAUAGCAUCUCCAUCUCCAUCUUCCACUCUUACCACUAAAUUACAUCAAACUAAUUCAACAGCUAUUUCGUCACAUUCUACUACACAUGACUCAUCUACCGAACCUGCAACAUCAAUCAAUCAUACUUCUUCUACCAGCAGUAGUGUAAGUACCAAACAUUCCACAACCCACGAGUCUACAUAUCCAUCUUCUACAUUUACUACCGUAUUACAUUCAGAUACUUCAACAUCAAUGUCCACGUCGACAGUCACACAUGACUCUUCCUCUGCCGUCGUCAGCACAAGUUCUGUGAACACUGUUACCCUGGCGCCUGAAUACACUGUAACAGCUCCUGCCUCCAUUUGCCUGCGAGCUCGUGUUACUAUCACCGUUACAUUCAACUAUACAACGAACUCGGGCAAGGCGCGGGGAGAGUUGAAGGUGCCCGAUCACGCCACGGUGACGGGUGGUUGCGGCCCCCAGGAGGACUACCUCUCCAUGACUUGGACCUCUCCAGGCCUGGCGCCGGACUCCAGACUGGAGCCGCUGCUCAACAACGUGACUGUGGUGCUGGACGUCUCUGGAGGGGAGUUCUCCAUCCGCCGCCUGUGGGCCAGGCUCCUGCUGGACUCUGCCCGCUUCCCUGGAGCCUCAGAGGCCUGUGUGGAGCUGAGCUCGGCGGACCAGCUGCGCCUGCUGGCGACCCCGGCUCGCUGCGAGAUGGCGUGCAGCCGCACAGACGUGAUCGCAGCCUGCGGCGAGGCAGUCUUCAGGCUGGCCUCGCUGCGGCUCGCCGUGCUGGGGCCCGGUCAGGCGGCGCCCGGCGGCGAGGUGGACUGCGCCGCCGCAGCAGCCGGGGGCGGCGGGGGCGGCGGCCUGGGAGCCUGGGGCAUCGCGGGGGCCGUGGUGGGGGCCGCGGGGGCGGCGGGGGCCCUGCUGGCCCUCUGGAGGCGGCGGAGGCGGCGCUGCAGCUACGAGACCAGCCACGUCUGA